CUCCAAGUCACCGUCUAGCCUGGGUCAAUCCGCUGAAAUGGCUGCCAAUCCUGACAAGAACCCUCUUCCUCUUAGCGAAACGCUACGGGAUCUUGCCCUACUGAGGGCGUCGGAGGUAGAUCUAGUCAAAGUACUAAGGAGCUCCAGUGAGCCUCUCGCACGGGAGACCUCAGAUGUGGCCGAAAGCAGGGCCGGAGAUGCAGAGAUCGGAGCAUCCGUCGAGAAGUCGUAUGAAUUCGUCCGCGAUGCAAGGGCCGUGAUUAAGGUGUUAAAUCGAGGGGAUGUGGAGUCACAGGGUGCAAGGGUCGAAGACCUCAGAAGUAAACUCGAGGACGUGCUGGAAGGCUUGAAUGGUCAGCCUUGACUGUCUAUCGCACAUGUACAGUGACCGACGGGUGCCUCGUGUUGGUCCGUUCUGAGCCUCAUCUUCCUUCCAGUCGGCGAGCGACGUUUCCCGUCAGGAACGUGGUCCACGCCAAAGCUCCGGCCGAUGCAUGUCAGGAGAUCCAGAAACGAGCAAUGAUAAACGAAACCGCUUUUACUUUCAGUCAGAAAACCGGAGUCGUGUGCAGCCUUGUUAUUCAUCCUAGUUUGGUUCCGAGCUUUGCCAAGAAGGCCUUACAGCCC